UUGAAACCUCUCAUUUGGAUAUAUGCAGAUGUAGUAUCUAUUCGUACAUGCAUGGACAACAACGCAACACACACCACACAUGAACAAAACAAACCUACACCUACACGUAGACCAGAACCGCGUCCUUCUUGAGAUCACCGGAUAAAUCCGUAGGCGACGGGCACGUCGCAAUACCUUUGUGUUCCACGCGUGAGAGGCAUCGGCAGACAAAAAGAACAGCCAAAGAGGCCGCUGAAACUCCGAUGCAAGACUCACAGAUCCGACGCCGGCACUGGAGCACGCACCGACGAAGGAGGGAGAAGUCUGGAGUACCGAAUUUCACGAAGAUGGAGCCGUCUCCCCCGACCAAGCGCCAUCGGGAACAGAAGAAACCCCGCAGGCUCGUCGCCGGCACAGUCACCAACACCGACGAAGACGAGGAAGAGCCGGGGGAAAUUAUUGCAAAGCGAAGCCGUCACCCCCGCCUAAGCAACAGCCACCAGAACAAUGACGAGACACGGACCCGCAGCCGCGGAGAAGCGCCGCCGCAGCAGCCACCACGGGCAGCACCCGCACUGGCAAGCGCGCCACCCGGCCCCGCGAGCCGCCGCACCGCGCCAAGCCGCCGGACCGCCGCACCCGGCCCUGGAGGCCAGCGGCAGCACCGCUCCGCCACCACCGCCAUCGCCAGCAGCACCAAAAGCUCCGCCUGGAUCGACCCGGAGGACCAAAAUCCACUCCACCCCGACGCCGGCAGCGACAGCAAGCAGAGGGAACGACAGCCGCAGAAGAAGGAUGGCCACCUCUUCCAUCCGUCGCCGAACGGAGUCGAUGUCAGCUUCUCCCCGGCACAACCAAGCUUCGCCGCCGGUGCCCGACGGAAAGCAAAAACUGGACCUCCAUCGUCUGUCACCAGAGAAGAUGCCGACACCAAUGCCGGCGCAGUCACCGGAGAAGCUGAGGAGACGAACCCGAGGUAG